AUGGCAAUUCAGAGUCACCCUGUCAGUCCACUCUCGAAGCCGGCUUUGCGCGUCAUCUCGAUUAACAUCGAAGGUUUCUCGCGGGACAAGUCGGAGAUACUCUCCGAACUGUGUCGUAGCACACAAUGCGACAUUUUAUGUGUGCAAGAGACCCACCGAGAUGCCAAUCAAUCCCGGCCCUACAUCCCAGGACUGACGCUUAUCGCCGAGAUCUGUCACCCAAAACACGGUAACGCAGUGUUUGUUGCUCCCGGUAUAAGCGCCACUUCCGUUGAGUACUCAUCGGAUAAUGGAGUCGAAAUUAUAACAGUUGACAUUGGCUACUGUACUGUGACUUCAGUAUACAAGCCCCCGAAUACACCGUUCCAAUUUGUUCCACCUACCAAUUUCAAUAACGACAAAACUAAAAUUGUUAUGGGCGAUUUCAACAGCCAUAGUACCAACUGGGGCUACAAUGCUACAAAUGCAGAUGGUGAAGCAGUCGAGGAAUGGGCAGAGACUCAAGACCUGACAUUGAUCCACAGUAUCAAAGAACCGGCUUCUUUCAACAGCGGCCGAUGGAAACGAGGAUACAAUCCAGAUCUGAUCUUUGUCAGUGCAAAUGUCGCCUCUCAAUGCACCAAAACAGUGAGCACACCCAUCCCUCGUACCCAGCACAGGCCUAUUAUGUGUGGCAUUCAGCCGGUAGUUCGACCCAUAGCAACGCCUUACCGGCGUCGUUUCAACUACAGAAAGGCUAACUGGGAGCAGUAUCGUAAUUCCAUUGAUGAUGCACUCCUAAAGAUACCACCUGCCCCGCAGAAUUAUGACCAGUUUAUGGAUGAAGUCAAGAUCAGGUCCCGGAAGUACAUCCCAAGAGCUUGCCGAGUACUUUACAUCCCUGGGCUCUCUCGCGAAUCUGCCGCGCUCUUGAGGGAGUAUGAAACCCACUACAAUUGUGAUCCUUUUUCAGAGGAUACCAUAGAAACAGGUGAAAGGCUGCUAACGGAGGUAAGUGAAGGCCGACGUAGUAGAUGGAUUGAUACUGUCACAAACAUCAAUAUGACACACAACAGCAAGAAAGCUUGGACCACCAUUAGGAAGCUCACUAAUGAAGCACCGCCACCUAUGUCACCCAGCCAAGUCACAGCCGAUCAGAUUGCUCAUCAACUCCUUCUAAAUGGCAAACACCCUCGUCGGCUUAGCAGAGUUCCGAAGGCAAGCCAACCCACAACUCCGAAUGAUUCCAUAAGCAGGCCUUUCCUUUUAGGAGAAAUUACAAAAGUCAUCAGGGAACUGAAGUGUGGCAAAGCCUCUGGGGUUGACAACAUAUCUGUCGAACAGAUAAAGAACUUAGGCCCUGUUGCUGUGUCGUGGUUGCUUCAGAUGUUUAAUGAGUGCCUGAUCACUGCUUAG